AAGAGCAGUAGUAGCAGCAGCAGCAGAAGCAGUAGCAGGAGUAGUAGACCCAGUAGUAGCAGCAGUAGCAGCAGUAGUAGCUGCAGUAGCAGCAGUAGUAAGAGCAGUAGCAGCAGUAGCAAUAGUAGCAACAGUAGUAAGAGAAGUAGCAGCAGUAGCAGCAGUAGUAAGAGCAGUAGCAGCAGUAGCAGCAGUAGCAGGAGUAGUAGUAGUAGUAGGAGUAGUAGUAGUAUGAGUAGUAGUAGUAGUAGCAGUAGUAGUAGUAGUAGCAGUAGUAGUAGCUGUUGUAAGAGCAGUAGCAGCAGUAGUAGUAGUAAUAGUAGUAGUAGCAGUAGUAGUAGUAGAAGCAGUAGCAGUAGUAGCAGCAGCAGCAUGAGUAGUAGGAGUAGUAGUAGUAGUAGUAGUAGUUGUAGUAGUAGUAGUAGAAGUAGUAGUAGUAGUAGUAGUAGUAGUAGUAGUAGUAGUAGUAGUAGUAGUAGUAGUAGUAGGAGUAGUUGUAGUAGGAGUAGUAGUAGUAGUAGUAGUAGUAGCAGCAGCAGUAGUAGUAGCAGUAGUAGUAGCUCUUGUAAGAGCAGUAGCAGCAGUAAGAGCAGUAGCAACAGUGGCAGCAAUAGCAGCAGUGGCAGCAGUAGCAGCAGUAGCAGCAGU